AUGAGCUACGAGUUGACACAAAAGGUGCCUGCCCAGGUACAUUCGAAGUUUAACCAGAUGAGAGAAAACUACAAGAAACUGGUCAACGAGCUGUACAAGAUCGAGUCUCAGAGCAGCGAAUAUAACAUCGCCUUAGGCGCCAUCGAGAAGCUACCGCCAGAGCGCCGCUGCUUUCGACUGGUCGGGCAGACACUGGUCGAGCACAGCGUAAAGGAGGUAAUUCCUGUUAUCAAGGAGAGAAGGAAGGAACUGUUGGAAAUGCAGAAACAACUCCAGGACGAGGCAGAUAAGUUAGAGGCACAGACGAACAGCUAUGCCCUGGAACACGGGCUCAUCAAAUAGCAGGGGGCGCCGAUACACGCGGUGAUAGAUUGAACAUGUGUGUGUAUGUGUGUGGAUAUAUAUAUAAAACCGUGUAUAUGUAUGUCA